AUGGUGGACGUGUUACUCUGCUCAACGUAUGAAGAUCAAAAGCGCGACUUUGUGUUUGACUUCAAAGAUAGUGGAAAGAUUCAGAGACUUACUGUACCAAUACCAAUUCCUAUGAAAGUUACUGCAAAGGAAUUUGUCCAAAGAUUGAUCCAUUUUCACAACCUGCCCUGCUACCUUGAAUCAGGUGAGGGGUACUGGGGAAGGGUCGGGGCGGGGGGUGGGGGUGGGGUUGGUAGGGGAAUGAGAGUGUGUUUCCAGCUGAAAAGGCAGGGGUAUAUUUCAUAUCUUUCGACUACAGGGUGAGUAACUGUAAAGAGUCAUAUGCUCCAUUUAUAGUUACCUCAGAAUUAAUAGAGCUAACCAUGGACCUUGUCUAAACAGUCCCAGUAGUAGAGACUUUUAGAUUCUAAGAUGAAAACAAGUUCGAGUAUGUGAUUUUCUCAAUUCUAAGAAGUGCUUGAGCAUGAACCAGUGUCAUUUUGGUGGGAAAAUGUGCAGGGUUGUCAACCCCCCACGUCUUCAAAUAUUGAGAAGCGAUAGGGAAGGGAUGAUAGAUGACAUCAUAUCGCAUAGUAUAUGAUGUCAUUUGUCCAAAAUGUACUUGUCGACCUGAUCGUCAGGAAUUUGUGAUGUUUCACAUUAUUGCAUACCUUGCAAAGGCAUAAUAUACUAUACCAAAGUUCAUGAGGACACAUUUGAUGUUAACAGUAAAACAGCUCAAACAACGCAAAGUUUAUUGUCAGAAAGUCAGUGAAUAUCCGGGAGAUUUCAUACUCUAAUCUGGAGACCAGGAGAUACGGUCCAAAAUCUGGAGUCUCCUGCCAGAAGAGUUGAAAGCACUGAAUAUGAUAGCCAUCAUCACUUGUUACCAGGACUUCCAAGAAACAGGCCUCAGGAGUUUAUACAACUCCGCCCCAGUUGUGCAAAGGCUCAAAUGUCUUUGUGAUUGGAAACAAUGGUUUUCGACUUUGACUCAUUAUUUUUUACAAGAUUAUUCUUAGAUCUCACCACAGUAAUUUGUAAUAAGAUCACAUCCAUCUAUCAUAUAGUGUUCUUCAGUUACUUGUAGGUUCAUGAAAUAAACAAGUAUAUGAUUAUCUAUAUGGUAUUGGUUUUUGUUGUGGUGUUAACAUACAGGGGGUAUGUAUGUUUCCUAACGUGUCUAGUCUAGUAAGAGAACGUAUUUGCUAAUAACUAACCUCGCGAAAACAGGCCAACUGGAAUUCUUUUGUUUCAUUCUCUUCUAGAACUGACAAAAACUUUGGAUGAGUUUCACAAGUCAUCUUAUCAAGAACUCCAUGACAAAAUGGCAUGUACAGCUCUUGAACAAAUGAAACAGUCGUCGCAGAAUGCAAGUGAUUAUGUGACGUCAUGGACAAAUGCCUUCACUCAGGAGCACAGCAGCUACAGUUUUGUUAGUGAUAAGAGUGAGGAGACUGUAUUCUCCGAGAUGUACAAGUCUUUGAUUCAUUCAUCUGCCCUUGAAACUCUUUUGCAGCUUGAGAACACUUAUGCUUUGGCAAUGGAUGAUGCUGUCACAAAAAAGGAGAGUGCAAUAAAAACCAUGGAAGAAAAGUAUGUUUUAAAACCCUUUCAUUCAUGCUUCCCAAAUAAAAAGAAAAGCAUUAGUUAUUCAGCAUACUAAAUUUCUUUUUUAUGGUCAUAGAAGAAUCCAAAAUUAUGUAGGAGGUACAGUGUAAAAUCAAAGGCAUGCACACACUUUACCAAGUCUUGGAUAGAUCAUGUGCAAAGGCCUUACGCAAAGUAGUGCCCACACAAUUCCAGGAAAUGCUUCCACUUAGUUUAAUAAUACGUAUUUAGCACAAAGUAAUAACCUUGAAGCACGCUGUCUUAAGUACUGUAGUCCUCUGUUGGAAGAGGGAUCGCCAUUGUUACAUGGCUACUUGAGCCAUGCAAAGGUAAAGCCUUUUUGCAAACAAGUGCAGUAUCUUCCUACCCGGGUUUUUGAAAUUUCAUAACAUCCGUUGCUUAAUUGGAAAAAAUAGCUCUCUAGAGAGUGCUAUGUACAUUUUUUGUUAUACCUAAUGUGCACUUGUGAUUUUAUCCACUUGCUCUGUUAUAUACGCAUGAAACUUAACCUGUUUUGUCAAAGAAAAUAAAGUGUGAUUUCUUGCAUGGAGGAAAAAAUUUUUCGACGCACAAGGUGACAUAUAUAAUUAUCUGAUGCACUAAGUUUCACUUCACCUUCAUGUCAUAUAGCACACUGAUGACUAGCCUUGAAGAGAAAAUGAAGCAUGACUUCUUGCAUCAAGAAAAAUAACUUUUUCAAUGCAACAGGUCACCCCUCACCUUCAUCCUAUGUAGCACGCUGAUUACCAAAAUUGCCCCAUUUUUGCAAAAUUUCCUUUGACUAGAAAAAAAUAAAUUAAUGAAAUGACAAGCAAUGACUAGAGAGUAACAGACACUACUUGUUUACAAACUGAAUCAAACAGUAUUUUGUAUCUGGCCUUCAGAAUUAUCACUUUUAUUACAGACAUUACAGACAUUAUGGACUUACAACAUGCCCGCAUAGUGUUUCGCUUUCUAUGGAAACUGUAAACACAAAAACAGGCAGCAGACUGGAAUUUUCAGGACAGGAAUUCCCAAAGCCUGCUUAUUCUGAAAACCAAGUCGAUUGCAAAUCAUGGUUGUAUUCCAUAAAAAGUACUUUUAGUCAAAUCUUAUCUUUGUAAGGCAAUUUGUUGGGGAAAAUUUAAUAACAAAAAUUGUCAAAUCAUUCCCAAAGUUAUUGGCAAUAAAAUUAUUUGUCACUUAAAGAAAUUACAGGGUUAAUUUCAUAAGAGAAUAUUAUUUUAAUAACAGUUAUAUGUUUGUUUCGUAAUGUAGCAAAAUCUGGUUACUUAUAUGCAUUAACGUGGAACAUGUAAUUUUACUUCUAGAAUAAUUCAUUUCAUUACUAUAGCUGACACGUGUUUUUGCUACUCUUUCGAAUAAGGCAACAACAAGAAAUGGAAGACUCCAUUAACAACCUUGGCCUUCUCACUACCGACAAAGACGUCAAUGAUCUGGCAGCCAGACACUGUGAAGAUGCACAAGUUAGUCAGAUUUUUGUUACAAACUCUUUUGACAUCUCCUUGGUCAGAGUUCUUCCUUGCAGACACCCACCCUCUCUUAAUAUAAAUUUCAUGUGCCUAAGUAAACAAUUUUAUUUUUUAUUUUCCUUUAUGCCAACUGAAUCAAGAGAGAUUUUUGUCUGUGUCAAGAGCCUAAAGUCAGCACUAAGAUUUUUAAUGUACAUAAUUUCAUGGCAGAUGUUUUUUCAUAGAUGCUGGAGACAUACUGGUCCAGUGAGCUGUCACAACUUCAGGAGCUACAGAAAAGAGAGUACCGAGAAUGGGUGACAAAAGUUCAUGAAGACGUGGUUCGUGUCACCUCAGGUUUGCCACUUCCCUUUUAUGGUAUUAUCAUCUGCAGUUCUUUCAUGGAUAUAAAGGUGUAGGAAACUCUUAGCCGGUCAAACUAGAUCCUGCCUGAACUAUGGCUUUUUCAAAUAGGUAACUUUCCCAGGGAUUUCAGAGUCAUAAGUUUCUCUGUCCCAGAGAUGUUAUUUGCUCAAGAGAAAAUGAUAAUGUCAAUGAUGAUUGUCAUCAUAUAAUAAAUUUAUGAUUACUUUUCACAGAUCCAUCAUCAACCUCUGAUUCAUUUACAAUUGGCAAGUGAGUAUUGUUUGCAUUAACUGUGAAAAUAAGUCAACAGGCACCCUUACAUUGUUUCCUAAGUACCCAUACACACUUGAGCGGACUUUAAGAUCAUGCAAUUAUGUGACAAAAAUGAUGCUGUCACACAGCAAAUGAAUGUGAUUGCUGAAAUUUAAUUUUGAAAUUGUAUAAUCAAUUGAAUUAGGUUUCAGAGUGAGAGUUAGCGAACAUUAUGGGCCCAUUUCCUCCUCAUCAAUCCUCGGAAGUUUCAAAUCAUCCCUUAGGGAAUUUUACUGGAGUCACCAGUUCCAGUCUGAAAACUUUAAAAUCCUCCACUGGUUUAAGAGGGGUAUAAAAAGGCAGUCUAUAUCUGGUGACUACAGUUGUCUCUCAACUGAGACAGGGAGUGAUAUAAGCUGUCAGAAAUUUGGAACAAUCUUUUGAGGUCAAAAGAAAGCUCUCAAAAUUGGGUGUUUUUUACCAUACCUAAUUUAAAUAUGUCCUCAGCGUGUCCAUCUGUGCAGAGCAUACCAGUGAAUGAAUUUUCAAGCACUGAACAUGAAUUUAGGCUUGAGGAAAGUUUUACUGUUCUACUUGGUAAGUACAAUACAAGCCUCAACAGUUGAACCUUGGUUAUUCAGACUCUUAGAUUAUCCGGACUUGUUUCCCUGGUGCCGUUUUUUUCAACAUUAAUAUGUGAUCUUCAAAAAUUGAAAUGAUUACAAGUUCAUUAAUCCUUCCAAAAUGUAAUGAAAUAGUGUUUUAAUCUGUUUCGAACAUGAACACUCAAGAAACAGUAAGUAUUUUUAUUUGUAAAUACAUUUUACUUAAAGACUGUAUAUAAUACAAUAAAAUUAUUUAUUGCAAGUAGGAGCUAGUUCAUAAUAAAAUUUUGUUUCUUUAUUCCCCAUGUUGACAUUAUUGUCUCAAUAAUAUUCAUAUUUUCGAAUAUCCAGACUUGCAAUUAUCCAGACUAUUUAAAAGUGCAAUUUUUGCAACCCUUUAGACCACACACCAAAAACAUUCUAUGAUAUCUAACCACCACAUGAUAUCUGUUUCUAUGGCAGGAGCCCAAAAGAAAACAACACACAAUCUUCGAUUGAUCUGCGGCAAUGUUCUUGACCUGUGCAAGCACAAGACAAGGCCUGGAGGGUAAAAACCUCUCAAUAACCAUGAUUCUUUAUAGUUGUUGUUUGCAAUGAAAACUCAGAUUUUAACUUUUAUUUUUAAUAAUUUAUUGGAAAAUAGAAGGAAAAUAGAACCAAAAGAAAUCCCUAGCUGUUUGAUUCCCCGCCUAUCUUGUUGUAUUUAUCUGGCAACUUGAAAUGUUAGUGACAUCGCUAAACUUGUUUAAGGCUUUUUAUUGAUUAUUGUUGCUGCCUGCUGUAAUUAGCCUGUGCCAUUUGUUGGUAGUGUCAAUCAAGUCAGGUUUUUCUAAUUUAUGGUAUUUUAGCAAACUGUAAACUUACCUUUGUUUAACUAGUAGUUAGCUAUAUUAUGUCAAUUUCAGUUUGUAAACUGCUCAGAUGUUAUUGUUAACAUGGUUGUUUGUUGUUGAAAUCAAGGUGAAAAUGAACCACUUGGCACAAACAGAAAAUAAAUUAGUGUUUUUUUUGUUUAGAUCAGUGUUGUCACAGCCUCACAGAAUACAGACAGCUUUGUCACUCUACUCCGAAACACUGUCAGGAUUAGUUCUGUUGGUGGAGGAUCGCAUUAAUACAUACUCAGGAAUUAUGAAACGUAAGAUAAAUCAACAUGUUUUUCUCGUUUUACGUAUAUGUUGCAGUUAAUUUUCUAUCUCAGGUAAUUUUUAUAUAUGUGUUAUUACAAGCGUAUAAUAGGCAUCCGAAACAAUUAAAUGUCCACAGUCCACAAUUCCCAUAUUUAGACAGUAAAUAAAAAAAGACAUCAUUAACAACAUUUUCUUUUUCCGCGGUGGCGGUAGCAUGACUGCCAAUGACGAUGUUAUAUGAAUAAAUGGCUUUACCCCAAGAUGCUUUCAAACCCCUAAGGCACAUUAUUCUCAUCAUGAAGUGAAUGCAGCAUUUAAUUGUUGCUUUUUCAGAUUUUUCCAAGAUCUGUCAGCAGUCUGGAACAGAAUUUCAUUUUCCUGAUCUUGACAAACAGCUUUGUAUCAUUCAACAAAAUUUUGAAAAGAGAGAGCGCACAAAAUCCACAUCCAGCAACCAACUGCAACAACAGCAACCUGCAGCUGAUGUGGCUCUACGACCAAUAACUCUCAAUACAGGUUAGUUUAGUUCACCAAGAGUUGCCUAACGUCAUCCCUAACCUGUGAUCAGACCCCAUGUUUACUAACUUUCUUACAUUCUCUUUGGUAAUUGCCUUUACCAAACAAAAAUAGAGCUUUAUAUUCGGCUAACUCAGCCCCAGGCCUUGAAGUGCUAUAGACCGUGUUGGUCAGGAGCCAGGAGCCCAAAGGCUGCUUAUUCAGUCUCAUUCUAAAAGCAUAAUAGUAUGGAAGUGUACCCCUUGUUUGUGGAAACCAGAUCAUGAUAUCUUGUUUAUUUUUUGAUUGUUUCGUGAUUAUAAAAUGUUCAUCAUUGUCAUAUCUAGGAGAAAUUUAUAUCACACGACACUCAAACCUGGCUGAAGUACAUGUGGUUUUUCACCUGGUGGUUGAUGAUAGUGUGAAAGCAUCCAACAUCAGCACCAGGAAUCCUGUGAUUGUGGGUUUACGGAAUGCAUUACACACGGCUGUCAGACACAGUAUCACCACUAUUACUAUUCCACUACUAUUAUUUCAUGAGAUGACUGAGGUUAGUUUGCCUGUGCAUAUAUUUUCUCACACCUAAUUCACAUGUUCACAUAGACCAUAAUGGAUCUUGUUGGUUUACCGCCCCAAAUUUUGCAUAACUAUUGUUAAUAAUUUCUCCUGGGCAUUACAACCAUUCCAAGAGAAAUAGAAGACAAUGGUUAUACAAAAUUUGGAGGGGGUGCAUUGUGGUCUACCUGACCAUAACGUACGCCACCCAAAUUUUUUUACGCGAUGCACCAACUAUAAGCAACUAAGCCUAAGUUUUAUCAUUUCAUUAUGUUAGAUUAAAAUACUUGGUUGGUCCCGCUAGAAAUAGUUCUCUCUUUUGCCAUAUAAUAAGUCCUUUGUUGACUAAGCUCGCUGUUUGUUAUAUUGCUGAAUCCACGAGCAGGCAAGAUGAAGUGAAUUCCGCAUUCUGAUUGGCUACCCGAGGGCGCAAGAUGGGCCCACCUUGCCUUCUCGGGAUUUCCCACUUUUUUCCCCCAAGAAAAGGUGCUGUGUUUUGGGCAUUAAAUAAAUCCUCUAUCGACCAAGCUUGUUCAGUCAAGAUGGCUGUAUAUUGGCCUCUUUGAAUAACGCAUUAUGUAUAUUCAUUUUAGGCUACGUUUACACUUGAGGAGACAACUCCAGAACAGUUUUGUACCCGAAUCAUUUUGCCGUUCACAUGCAAAUUCGUAAAUCCGAAAUAUAGACCUCCCGGUUUGGUUGCUUGUCUGGAAACUGGAAUCUUAAGUGAUUAUUUUUCAUCUGAAUGAAUGUACAUGUAAAACCUUGCCAUACUUUGCUCUAGUGUUGUGUUUUUGUGACUUCCUUUUUUACCCAACUGGAACACAUUUUCACAUGGUUACACAAUGUAAGUAUUAAAGAAGAUAAAUUUGUUUUUUUUCUCUCAGGAGAUGACUGUGUCCUGGUGUAUGAAAAGGGCAGAGCUGAUAUUGAAAUGCGUCAAAGGUAACGACAAGCCACUAGAAUGUAAAAGUGAACAGAAAAUUUGGAACGUACAUCACAUAGUAACGAUCAUUUCGCCAGUUUUGAAGCGAGAAGGAAACUAGGUCAAGUUCACUUUCGCAAAGACUUCUGGAACUGUUGCUGGUGACCGGAAAAAAAUUGGCCAAUAGGUGACUGGCAGGUCUCAAGUGACGAUCCCAAAAGUCUUUGCGAAAGUUAACUCAGUCCAGUUUCCUUUUGGUUACUACAAGUGCCAAAUUGUAAGCAUCAAGAGAGAAUAACAUAUAUUAAAGGGUGGUUUUGAUUCGUUUGAACAGGCCGAAAAGGUUGAACUUGAUCUGACACAGUGAAGAAAGAUAAAGGAAGAUGGCGAAUUUUAAGCCCAGUAGUGAAUGAAAAAGGCGUAAUAAACUUCCAUGUUAGGUGCAUGCCGAAACAAAGAAAAAACUUUUAGUCCUGACAGGAUUUGAAUCUGUGAGCUCCCAAACACCUGGUGGGAGCUUUAUUCGCACCGAUGUGCCCGCGAUGAAACGCCCUAAAUUGCCUUUUGACCAGGAACGUUCCCUUUAAAAGGUUAUCGUCGUGGAACUGAUUAUAUUAAAGGUGGCGGUAUUAGUUAAAGUCUCGUCAAGCUGCUCUAGUUAAAAUAACAUUUCUGAUAUCAUUUUACAUAGCACUACUGAAAUGUUUGAAAUCAGGUCCAUGCUAGCGCCUUUAAUUAACUUCUCUAGUUCUGAAUAGGUGAAUGGUUAUUCCAACUAGGGGUUGUUGAAUGUGUUCUUUGUAUAUGUUACUACUGAUGCAGGUAUUAUGAUGGAGUGUAGCAAUUGGAGUGGAUCAGAGUCACUUAACUUGCAGUUCAUGGUACCUAAGGUUGGUACCCUAUAAAUUGGCAGAACUUAUGUUUGCCUAAUAGGGCACUUAAUAUUAGUCAGAACUGGCUGGCCAGACCUGUCCAGUCAUAUUGGUCUUUUCGCCCGAAAGUCCAUUCACCCGAUGGUGUUCGUCAGGACUUGAGUCGAUUCGCCCAAUGACUUACAACACUCUACAGCAUGGUGAACAUAUUUCUCCGAGAUGUAAUUUUAGUUAACCUCGGAUUCGAUAUGUGCAGUCACUCUCUUUCCAUCCUAAUUCCUUUUUCUAAAGAAAAGUAGACAAAAACACUUCGGGGGAAUCGACCUGACACCAUAUGGAGAAUUCAUUGUAACUCAUGACUAUCCAACCAAAUCAGUCUAUUUCUAACCAGUUUGCACGGCAUUGACGGUUUUCUAUCGAAAACUCUCGUAAAGUGCCCAUCACAGUUUUCAAAAACAGUAUGGCUGGCCAAUUCUGGUAACCGCCCUCAGUGUCAACUUUAGGGUGUUAGUCUUGUUAUAAUUUUUGGGUCCUGUGCUUUUUUUUAGUUGUGAUUAUGAUUCACCGGAAAAGGUGAUUCUAACUUUCGUGUCUCUAGCUAACAGAAACUUUGUAAGAGAAAGCUUUUCAACAAUGGGCUCCUUCAAAACUUUGCAAUAUAAAAGUUUCCUGUGCUAUUGUAUUUGUUUCAGUCUUGGUUCACUUAUCGUUUGUGAGAUGAUGAAAUUGACGAGGGAGGAUUACUUUUUUUGUAAUUCAGUGAUAGCAAAGAUGUUUAACAACCAAAAGUCGGGGAUUCUUUUUCCUUGGGCAAGACAUGACAAGACCGGACAGGACAGGGGCCACAGGGGACACAGGGGAUGCAGGGGACACAGGGAAUACAGGGGCCACAGGGGACACAGGUUCCACACUAAAAGGGACACAGGAGACACACGGGUACAGGGGACACAGUGGCCACAGGUUCCACAGGGGACACAGGAAACACAGUGAAUGUUAAUAUCGCUGAGUAGAGCCGUAGAAGCAGCGUCCCAGGGAGCAUCCAUAAUUAUUCUAGUAGCGUGCUUCUGAAUGCGGAGCAUGGUAUCAGAAUGACCAAUGAAGCUGUAACCCCAUACGCAGGCAGCGUAAUCCAACACAGCCUGCACAAGAACAUUGUAGAACAUUACCCUUGCACUGGAAGUAAGAAAUCGUUUCGAACGCUUGAGAAGACCAAGUCUCUUGCAGAUUUUCUUACUGGUCUUUUCCCUUUCACUUUCAGGGUAUAUCCGAAGAAAUGUUUCACUCGUUCAGUCAAGUACUUUCCGGCAUCUUUCGUGUAUCCAACCCUUUAGACCUUACUUCAGCAGCCAACAGAUGACGUCACCUUUCGUGGUGGCAACUGCUGUAAGUCCAAACACAUGA